GGCCUUCCACAGGGCCCAGUCUGUGCUGUCUGACCGUCUCUGUGACUCUUUCACGGGAUUAAGUCUCCAGCCGUCCCGUAGGUGACAGCCAGCCGCUCGCUGGUAACGUGCGUGUGUGUAUUAUCGAAAAGGCCUCCAGAGGGGGGUAACGUUAGCUUGGAAAAGUCGCGUUUUCAGUUACUCUCGGAUGUGUUCUAAGUUAGCUGGUACAAGUGUGAGGAAAUUAAAUAAGCUGGAGAAAUGGGCUUAUUUAAAACAACAGAAGCCAAACACCCACGGAACCCCACCACCAGCGGUGGUCACGACAAGGUCUUUCUAUAAGGUGGUCAAGCACAACCCAGUUCUUAACAGUACACACCAACACACACCCAGCACAACAGGAGGAUGGCGGUGAAUGUCUACUCCACCUCUAUGACCAUAGAGAACCUGAGUCGCCAUGACAUGCUGGCAUGGGUCAAUGACUCUCUACAGCUCAGCUACACAAAGAUCGAGCAGCUGUGUUCAGGCUCUGCUUAUUGCCAGUUCAUGGACAUGCUGUUUCCAGGCUGCAUAUUGCUGAAGAAGGUCAAGUUCAACGCAAAACUGGAGCACGAAUACAUCCACAAUUUCAAGGUCUUACAGGCUGCAUUCAAGAGAAUGAGUGUGGACAAGAUCAUCCCUGUGGAGAAGUUGGUGAAGGGGAAGUUCCAGGACAACUUUGAGUUCCUUCAGUGGUUUAAGAAGUUUUUCGACGCCAACUAUGACGGGAAAGAAUACGACCCCCUGCUGACACGGCAGGGCCAGGAAGGAACGCCGCCUCCGCCUAAUCCAGGUCCCAUGAGAACAUCUCCCACAGCACCAAAGAGUGUCCCCACCCCACAGAGGCAGAUAGCAGCAGCAGCCCGGAGGAACCCUCCUGUGACACGUAAUGGAGGAGAUGCUGAGCUCAUAGAGCUCAACCAGCAGGUGCUCGACCUGAAGAUGACCAUAGACGGGCUGGAGAAGGAGAGGGACUUCUACUUUGGGAAGCUGAGAGACAUUGAGCUCAUCUGUCAGGAGCACGAAAGUGAAAACAACCCAGUCCUCAGCAAAAUCAUAGACAUACUGUAUGCUACAGAGGAGGGAUUUGCACCACCAGAAGAUGAGGAAAUUGAUGAAGGAGCACGGGGAAACCAGGAGGAGUACUGAGCUCUUCCUCUCCUCUUUAUCACCGUCAUCACCACUCAACCUCUCAUCCUUUAAUCUGACCAUAAUUGUCAUUUUUGCCCCCCCUUUUUUUUCUCCUCUAAUUAGUUUAACAUUUUGCAGACUCCCUUACUUCUCCCCUCUUAUCCACGGCUGUCCAUCUCCAUGACAUCUUUGUAGUACAGCCUAGCUUCCUUCCCAGACUCUUACAAGCAAAGGACAUUUAACCCAGACCGGUCUGGACUCGGACCCAGCAGCCUGGCUUGGCUUACUUGAUUUGUUCUAACCCAACAGGACAGCUGCACUGCGGGGCUUCUCCAUCCUGCUGGUGUGUCGCAGGUUUACGGAUAACAGCAGUGAGAUUUUAGGGAUGCAGCACUGGAGUGCUAUGAAUCUGUCUGAGGAGGCAGGUCACUUUCUCCCAUCGUGCACUCUGAUUGUUGACCACACAUGGACACACACGUUGAUCAGGGUUCUCUGCUGAGUUUAUAUAUGAAACCACACAAUGUUUUCCACAUAAUGUGAUCAGUUUUAGGAGAUUUUGGCAGGAAGUGUCUCAAACUGAGAUUAUAAAAAGGCAUUUAGCCUCUCCAGAGAGUGGCCUAUGUGCCAAAUAUGGUGACACAUGUGAACGUUUAGCCCACAGACAUAUCACAGACUUUGAACUGCUCACAUGUACGACAUAAAAAAAAAAAAAAAAGAAA